CAAGAAAACAGAACUCCUAAUUCCAAGAGUGAUGGAACUGAGAGGCUACAGUUUAUGCCUCAAUUUCUUCACAAUUUGCUGUCUUGUGCUUCUUCUCUCCAGCUCAUCAGGAUCUGUUGAAGCGUACAAAAACUACACAGUUGGCAGUUCGUUGGGUUGGUACGAUAAUACUGAAAAGCCUGUAAACUACCAGAAAUGGGCAGAUGGCCUCAACUUCAGCUUGGGAGAUUUCCUCAUUUUCAACUCAGAUAAUAAUCAUUCCAUAGUUCAGACAUACAAUUUCACCACGUACAAGCUCUGCGAUUCCAGCGACGACUUGGGAAACGAUACAAUGGAAUGGUCCAGCGCCGAUCCAUCUGCAACAGCGCCGCAUGGUGUUUCCGUGGCGGUUCCUCUGGUGAAGGAAGGGAUGAACUAUUUCUUCUCUGCAGAUUAUGAUGGAGAUCAAUGUAAAGCUGGUCAGCAUUUUCAGAUAAAUGUGACUCAUGGACAGGGCCUGCCCAAGAGCCUACAAGAACCCUCGGAUGAGGCGCCGGCUCCCAACAGUCCGGACUUUGCCAGCGCCGAUUCCUCGCCGGACACCAUUGUCCCGUCGAACUUCGAUCAUCCGACCGAUGAGGAGACGGAUGAUGAUAAGGAGAGUUCAGGAUCCAUUUCCUUGCUUGUUAAGUCGUCAGACAGGAUUCUGUUUAAUGGAUUUGUGACGUUCUUAGGGAUUCUAAGCAUAUUUUGAUGAUUUUGAAUUUUUACCUUCCUUUUCUUUUACUUUGUAAAACUAAUCCUAUUACUUUUUGUUUGUGUGUUUUGAGUAUUAGGAAUAUAAAGGUAUUACAUUU